AUGGAGAACUGGAAGCCACCAGAAUCCUCUAGCCCCGCAACCACCGAGGCCCAGCAGCAGCCACCAUGCUCUGGCUCCACAAAGAGCCAGGACACAUCUGCCUCCUCCCACGCUCCGUUGGCCUGCAGGAAGGUGUCCUCGUCCAGCAGGACCUCCAUGUCCAGUAGGUCCUCUACAUCCAGCGGGAGCACCAAGUGCAGCCAGAAGUCCACAUCCAGGAAGACCUACAAAAAAGCUGCAGGAGAGGAAGAGGCGUGUGAUGAAGGACAGUGCCAACAUUACAGGAGCGCUGCCUCAUGGUGCAUGGUACUGAUGGCCAAGACAUAUCCACCCAGGCAUGUGGUGUGCAGGAAGGACGUGCCAAAGGCAGAUAAAGCAUCACAGACCCCCUGCUCCUUCAAGAUGUUACAGAAGGAAUGGCAGCCAUCGGGCAAGAAGAAGAAGAAGAAGAGGAAGAAGAAAAAUAAUUCCACGAGCAAUGGCCAGGACCAGCCACAGCAGCGAACCUCAAGGGCCAGCAGCGCCAUGGAGAGCUGCUCCCAAGCAUUGCCACACAGAGCCCCCAGCCCCCCCGAGGUGGCUGUCACACUCCAGAAGAGGACGAGCUUGUUCAGCCUGUGCAUGGCCAUGUACGAUGAGGAGGGAGAAGAGCAGGAUGAGGCUGGUCUGGAGCCAGAAGGGAAGCAGGUCAACGUUGGAGAGAUGGAGUUUCACCUACCCCCAGAGGAAAUCCACUUACCAGAGCAGAAUUACCAGGAGGUGCUGGAGGACUUGGCUGUGGAUGAGGACGUGGUCGACAUCCCAGACCCAGACUUUAAUGUGGGCACCAUGGAGGUCCCCUUACCCAGCGAGGAGCUGCAGGAAGCCCCAGGACACACCAGAGAGGACACAGCCUCUGUGGAUAGUCUGUGCUCUUACCUGGCCACGCUGGAGACCUGCUUGAUCCCGGAGCUGCAGGAUGAUCUUGCCAUGGAUGGGUACAAAGAAGACACCCAGGACCUUGACUCCAUCCCGGGCUCUGUGGUUAGAGAGGUCAACUUCGCCAGCAAGGAGAAUCUGGAAGCCUUAAGAGACAUGGAAGAGGACAAAAUCAGUGUCAGCAGUGAGGGCUCUACCCUGGCCACCCCACGGAUCCAUUCAAACCUGGAGGAGGUGAAAGAGGCAAAAGUAAACGAAAGAAUUGCUCCUUCUCCUGGCUGUGCUUCCAAAACCAGCGUGACAUCAAAGCCUCUGCCAAAGCAGGUGAUAAAACCCGUCCCAAAGGAGACAACCAGGGACCCCGCACACAUCCUUCUGCCGGGAAUUGAGUGUAAAGCAGCAAAGAGCCUGACAAGGAAACAAGGGAAAGCCCAUGGGACAAGCGACACAUGCAACUGCGAUUCUAUCCAUGCCAGAGGAAUCCUCUUCUUCAAACUCUUCUUGAAGCUGGUGGAGUUGGCAGCUCUGCCCCAGAGAAUUCUGUUCCAGAUUAUCAGUUACUACCAGCAGCAGCUGAGUGACUGCCCUGGCCAAGGAGUCUGGGUGGACGGUGACUUCCUCGAGUGUCACAAAAAGAAGCCCCACAAAACCCAGAAAGAGACUGUUUACUCCCUGCCUUCCUUCAUAAGUGUUCCUGCCCUCCACGUCUCAGCCACGAACAAAAGGAAGGCGGUGGGGUACGUGGAGCACCUCGGAGGCAGCCCUUACGCCCAGGUCCCCAUCUUCCCGCUGGUUUAUAAACAAGACACGGCGACACUGACAAAGACAAAAAAGGGCUCGCAGAAGGUGGCGAGGCAGAGGAAUGAGCCGACCGCUUCGUUCAGGAGCCACAUCUCCCACGAGGAAAGCCAGGGGCAGGAGGAAGGUGCUCUGGAGCCUCCCGUUCACCACACAAAGCAGAGCUGCUCCCCUGCAGACACCACCGAGCGCCCCGACACGCCACAUUCUCCAGCAACAGCCUCCAACGCCCUCCCAGGCAGCCUCGGCAGGACACAAGCACAAAAGGCGCAGGCAGCCAACAACGCCUACAGCCUCAGCCAGCGCCUCAGCCUGCUGGAGCUGUGGCAGAAGAUCAUCAAGGCCCAGAUGGGUCUGCAGAUGGACGACGAGCGCUUCCACCAGACCUUCUGCACCUACUCCUGGUCCUGGAACGCCUGCCGGGAGCUGGUGACGAGGGCCGAUCUCCGCAGGCUGGAGCGCCAGCUCCGCCGCCAGCGGCAGCGGCAAAUGGCGGAGGGCCCCCGGCAGAAGCCGUGCCGGGACGACAGCGGCGGCCAGUGACCGCUGGAGAACAACAGCUUGGGCCGGGCCC